AUGGAGUCUUUACUGCGUCUUUCUGGUCUCUUGUCAGAAGACGAUGGAGGAAAAACAGACCUUGGAACGCUGGAGAAGCGUCUUGCUGACCGGUAUCAUGCAAGCGGCUCGAAUACUCCGCAUAAUCCGCAGAAGAUCAACAUCCCCAGCCAGAGUCAGAUCGCUAUGUCACAGCAAAAUAGCUCAUCGCACUAUUCAACCCCACGCUUAGAGUCUCAAUCAAGCCCACGGACAGCUGCUACGUCCCCGGAAUCGCAAAAAGAAUCAGAGACGGAGGUUGAAGGCCUAUCAGACAUGAUGUGUUCCCUCGUAACAAACAAUUGUGGGGAAACGCGAUACAUCGGUAAUCAUCUCGAUAACGGACAUUGCUGGUACGAUAAUUUACUGACCGUCCUGAUCACAGGUUCGUCAUCAGGCUUUUCGAUCUUCUCUCCCAAAGGCAUCCAAUGGGUAAAUGAGAAAACGGGCGACAACUCAUUCCAAGAAAUGAUUUCGUCGGCAUAUGUAGAUGAUAACAAAUGGAUGUACUGGAAGCCUGAAAUUUUUAGCGAUAUAUUUGCUCGCCGCGUGUUCAAGCCGUUGCCACCGAAGGAUGAAGCUAUGUCGCUUUUCAAAGACUUCUUCGACAACUUCAACUGCAUGUUUCCGCUCUACCACGAGCCGACUUUCAUGCACCUGGUUGAACGACAAUAUUCCCGAGAUCCUUAUGAAGGUUCGGGCUGGUGGGCCAGCAUCAACGUUGUGCUAGCCAUUGCUCACAGAUUACGAGUUAUGAGCAAUCUGGUCCCACAAGAAGAGGACAGGAAAGCCUGGCUGUAUUUGAAAAAUGCCAUGGGAGUGCUGACGGAACUGACCAUGCGGAAUACAGAUCUUCUCAGUGUUCAAGCGCUGCUUGGAAUGUCUCUUUUUCUACAGGGAACUCCAAACCCCCAGCCGUCCUUCUUCUUAGUUGCGGCGGCAAUCAGACUUUCUCACAGUAUUGGCCUCCAUAAGAGAGGUUCUGGCUUCGGUCUGAACCCAGUGGAAGUUGAACAGCGAAAGAGAGUUUUCUGGAUAGCCUAUCUUCUUGACAAGGACAUCUGUCUCCGUUCCGGGCGUCCGCCGGUACAAGACGAUGACGACAUGAAUGUGGAAUUACCAAGCGACGAUCCACCCGACAACAUCGGCAAUGUCCCAUUAUCUGACGGUAGAAGCAAGUUUAACCUGUUCCGAUCCAUGUGUCGCUUCGCUACUAUUGAAAGCAAGGUGUACAAACGGCUUUAUUCCGCAAAGGCGUCAAAACAGUCUGAUGGAGAGCUUCUGAAUACCAUCGGAGAACUCGACAAGGAACUUGAAGACUGGAAGGACAGUAUCCCACUGGAUUUUCGGCCAGAACAUGAAAUCAAGGCUUCGCACACACCUCUCAUUCUCCAUGUUGUUGUCCUACAUUUCGCCUACUAUAACUGUUUAACCACCAUUCACCGUAUGUCUGUGCAUCACGGUUAUUGGACAAGCCGUCUCUCCAAUUACGCCAUCCAGGGCCUGAAUGCCAGGCCCUUGAAUCCUAGGGUCUUCUUAUCGGCGGUACUCUGUGUGACUGCAGCCAGGGCGUCUAUUAACCUAAUCAAAUACAUUCCACAGGGUGAUUUCGCCUGUGUCUGUGAUGCUCGCGCUCGGUCAGAUGUCAAGUUGAUGAAUGUAGUGGUCAAUUUCCUGUCGACCUUGGUCUCGGAUGAGUCGAACGGCAGCAUCAAGCGAAUGCUUGGUCUAUGCGGAGAAUUCGAGAGGAUUGCGAAGGUGGUACUUGAUAAAGCUGAGAAGGAGUCAUAUUCGAAAAAGAAGCGCAAAUCACCCGAGGAACCGGUCAACCUACAGCAAAGUACCCCCGAAGAGCAUCCCGCACCCUCCCCCUCGACAACGCAGCCCACUCAGGCGCCGUCAAGAAAUGUCCCAAUGUCGUCGCCUUUGUUCGCUGAAAAUCCAGGUGAUCCCGGCGGUAAUACUAUGGCCGACGAUGCAGGAGGCUUUGCCUCCAGUCGUGAAAUCCCUGGGACGACUGGUGUCUCAACCAAUAUCCCUCCAAACAUACAGGCUAUGCCCGGUAUUGCACAGGAUUACCAGGACAUGUUGAGUCCCGAUCCGCUGGAAGGUGUCAGUUUUGCCGAUCAACCACCAUAUUCGGCUACCGCAAAUACCCCUUUGUCAUCCUUUCAACAGCCCUUCGUCCCUCAAGAUUUGUGGCAGAUGCCGAUGACCAUCGAAUGGGACUGGGCAGACAUGUCAACAAAUUUCCCGGUCUUCGACACCAAUGGUCCACCCCACGGUGGAUUGUGA